AACACGCGACCGAGCAGCGAAGACGGCAUUCAGCACGUGUCUUUCAUAGGAGUUUAUACAUCAGCGAUUUCACUCUGUUGACAACUGCCAUUAUGGGUACUAUGAGCGAGGUGGUGACAUCAAGGCCCCCUGCUUUUGAGAAGAAAUCGGCACCAUCACAGGGCGAGAAGCAUAAAUCUACCUGCCAGGACCAACAAAAUUCACAGAGCAUCGAAAAACAUGAGUUGAAUAUUGAAGCUCCUCUGCAGCCCACAGAGUGCUUUGGACCCUUCUUCAGACUGAUCCCCUCCAGCGGUCAGGUGAAGGAGCUACAGACAAUCAUCCGAGACAAGAAUACAUCAAGAAGCGACUUCAAAUUCUAUGCAGACAGAUUAAUUCGUUUGGUGGUUGAAGAGGGCUUGAACCAACUUCCAUACUCUGACUGCACAAUCACAACACCAACAGGAUGCCAGUAUAAGGGCUUGCAGUUUGUCAAGGGCAACUGCGGAGUCUCUAUUGUGAGGUCGGGAGAGGCUAUGGAACAAGGAUUGCGAUCAUGUUGCCGUUCCAUAAGACUGGGCAAGAUCCUUGUGGAAUCUGAUCUUGAUACUCAUGAAGCAAAAGUGGUAUAUGCAAAGUUCCCAGAAGAUAUAAGUCAGCGUAAGGUUCUUCUGAUGUACCCGAUCAUGAGUUCCGGCAACACUGUCAUCAAGGCAGUCAACGUUCUUCAAGAGCAUGCAGUGGAAGAAGAGAACAUCAUCUUACUUAACCUCUUUUCCACACCAGCAGCAGCGAGGACCAUCACUAGUGCUUUCCCAAAGAUGAAUAUCUUAACAUCAGAGGUGCAUCCUGUGGCACCAAACCACUUUGGACAGAAGUAUUUUGGCACAGACUAAAGAACCAGGAUCUCACAGCACCAAUUAUUUGUGUUGUAGAAAGGAAGGAUACAUAUUUUGUUUUCUAGACACCAGUUGGAACAAAGUUUCAUGUUGCUGCAUCUUUAGUGUGUGUACUGAAUACAUUUAUAGAUGAUAAUUUAGUCAGUCUCAGAUGCAGUCACUUUUGUUAGAUAUUUUGGAAAUAUCGUGAAAAUGUGAUUGUUCUCAUGUAUGUUAGUAAUCGUUAUGCUGUAGUUUCAGCAUAGGUAGUUAUUUAUAUUUUCUUAUUUAUGGUAAAAAUUUUCCUAUAUUAAGGUUUUCAGUUUGUUUACAGGUGAUUUCUUAUUUGGAGAGUAUAAUUGGAAGGCUUAUGUUAAGUGAAUUGACUGGAAUUUUGGAUGUGGUGUUUGUGCUCACAUUCGAUUUUUAGUUUUUUGAAAAUUUAUUUGCACUGCCAGACAUGUGUCAAUCAUAGCAGUUAAUACAUGUGCUUGAAAUAAAUCAUGCAGUUUAGGGUUGUACGGUGAAAUUGUAUGCAAGAAAGUGAAGAGUCUUUGUGAUAUAGAUGAUGAUAUAUGACACUUGUGGAAGAUGAGAAACACUCAGGUCUGUCUUUAUCAUUACACUCUGACACUCUGCUUAGUCAAGUUGUGCCUUUUGUGCAACUGAUGAAUUUAUAAUUAGAAUACAUCAAAUAUUGCUAGAGUAAAAGGAUCAUGUCAGUGGAAAAAGAUAAAGGCAGGGGUGUUGAUGCCAGUAGUUAUGUGAAUGAGAACCAUGCAUUUAAACAGUCUUCAUACAGGUAAUAUUGAGUCUCAGUUCCAUCGUGUUCAUCCACUCAUGCCAUCAAAUCUUUGUCUCAUCUUACUAUCACUUUACCUCCAGAACAUUCCCAUGUUUAGGAGUCUUCAUCUCCUGUUCCAGAUGCUACUUAAGAUGGAAAAAAUAUUACCAGAUCUCCUAAAGUGUGGAGACGAACUAAAGUAUAUUUAGACAUGGAAGCCAGAAGUACAGAAUAGUACAGUCUGGAUACUGUUUUAUGAGUAAAUCUUGCGUUCACGUUGCAUAGAUAAGCAUCUGCAGUACAGUUAAACAGACAAGUAAAUGCACAAAUCCUGGUCAAAGUGCAAGAGGUUUGAACCCAACAAUGAUAUUGACUAAAGAGGAUUCUCUGCUUAAUAAAACAUGUACAUGUCAUGAAAUCUUUAUCACCUUGACUUAUCAUGCUGUUUCUCUAGGUCUUCUUUUCCUUGGAUGUAAAUCAUGGUCCCUUUUCUUCAUAUUGAGGCUUGAUUAAUACUUGACACAAUAUAAUAGCUUCCAGGAGUUCUACUCAUAUAUGGUACAAUUAACUUCCUUACAUGUAAGUAAUUCAUGCAGUUGCAUUGUGAGCGCAAGAUAUAUUUCUAAAAGAUAUGCUGAUGACCAGUUCAUAAAUUAUUUGACUUCUUUAGAUAUUAAACUCGUAAAGUUCAAUUAUGUAAACUGCACAAUCAUAUUCCAGAAGCCUUUUCUAGUUAAAGCCAUAAGAGCUUGUAACAAAUUAAAAAGACCUGUAACUAUACUUUAUUUCACAAAGUGAAAUACGUUGGCUAUAUGUGUAACAUAGAAUAAAAGCUGAGUAUUUUU